AUGGCUUCAUAUGAGGAAGUAGAUAGCUUGUUCGAAAAUGCCAUGAAAGGCCAGUGGGGAAAGGUGGUGGAGGCCUACAGAAAUUGUUCCAAGGCUCGAGAGGCCAACAUAACCAAAUCAAAAGAGACUGCUCUACACAUAGCAAUUGCAGAUGGCCAAACAGAAACCGCACUGGACUUGUUGAACAUCAUUGCCAAUGGAGAAAAUGCCUUAAACAUAUUGAAAAUAGGAAAUGAGAAAGGCAACACAGCUCUCCAUCUAGCUGCUAGGCUUGGCUAUGCCCAAGUGUGUCAAAGCAUGGUUACCAAAGAUGGCAGCCUUGUCUCCCUUCGCAACGUCGACGGUGAGACCCCUCUCUUCUUGGCAGCUCGUAAUGGCCAGACUAAGGCUUUCCUUUGCCUUCACUCUCACUGCCAAGAAAAAUACCAUUCCUUUAGAGACAAUCAUGGUGAUACCAUUCUCCAUGCUGCUAUCUCUGGUGAAUACUUCAAUUAUUCGGUUGUACCCGGAACUUGUUAA